GGGAAAAUAUGAAAGUGACAGGCCUAAAUGUGAUUGCCAGGUAGCCUUUCACCUAAUGGCCUACUUCUUAGGUCCAGAAAUAUUACAAUGUGUGCGCUGUGAUUAGAGAAGAGGGUUGCUCUGUGCGCCAAUGGUGUUCGUCAGAUGUUGGGAAGGGAGCUGGAUGCACUGCGCAUGCGCAGUUUUUCUCCUGAUGUAUGCGCUGCUUGGCCACCGCCUUCCAGCCUUACAACCUUCUUUCCCUUCAGCUUUCCUGUCAUCCGCGCUACUAUCCAUCCUUCCAUCUCCCCCUUAUUCUUCCCGUUCGCAUCGCUCGCGCGACCAUGCGCCAGGAUCAUCGUUGCGGUCUGAUGCGCUGAUGUCAUUUUUGAAAGGUCUUCAAAUAUGAAUCAUGCGUCUGAUAUUCCAUCCGAGUCUGAUCGCUGGCGUCUUAAUUGCACUGCUACCUUCGUUUUCCUCCGCCUCAGUGGUUUCCGUGGAGAACGAGGUUGUCGACGAGCGAGGGUCUGCGACGCUGUGGCAAGAUGCGACGGCAGCACCGGAGUCUAAGAGCAAUGGGAACGCUACAAGCGAACAGGGCAAGGAGGUGGCCAUCACGUACCCAUCACGCUUGGUGUACUACGUGAACGAGGAAGCGGAGAGCGCAUACCACGACUUGGAUACUCGCGCUCGAAACCAGGCAGCUGAAGGACAGGCCAUCCACUUGGCACAGGCAAGCUUCCAGCUGGACGCCUUUGGUUCUACUUUUACUCUGGAUCUUGCACUAAACAAUGGUCUGCUGUCCUCAAAUUAUGUCGAGAUCCACUAUGAAAAAGACAAACCAGUUUUCUCAAAGGGAGGUGAGCACUGCUACUACCAUGGUCAAGUGAGAGGGAGAGAGGCCUCUCAUGUGGCUCUGUCUACUUGCAACGGGCUCCAUGGAAUGUUUGACGAUGGAGUGUUUGUCUAUUUCAUCGCACCCCUGAACCAGACUCAAGCUGUGGGCACGGGGCCGAGGCCCCACACCUUGCGUCGGACAUCAUCACUCCGUAUGGGCCGAGCCCCUGCUGAUUUGGCUUCUGAGGACCAGGGGGAGGAUGAGGAGGAGGAAGAACAGAUCUUGUCCGACAUGCCUUGGCUCAGGCGGCGCAGGAAACGAGCAGUCCCGCAGAAGGCGUUCGAUGAGAUCAAGUACCUGGAGAUCAUGAUCGUCAGCGACCACAACACGUUUAAGAGACAUAAAAGCAAAAAGCAUACGCGGAACUUUGCCAAAUCAGUGGUGAACCUCGUAGAUGCUAUAUUUAAGGAACAGCUUAACACGCGUGUGGUGUUGGUUGCUGUUGAGAUCUGGACAGAUAGGGACAGGAUUCCUCUCAGUGUCAAGCCUCUGGACAUGCUGAAAGAUUUCUCCAAGUACCGGCAGCAGAACAUCGGCGUCAGCGCAGAUGCGGUUCACCUGUUCACGAAUGUCACGUUUCAUUACGGCCGCAGCAGCAUGGCCUACAUCGGAGGAGUAUGUUCCUCUGGAAGAGGAGUAGGGGUUAACGAGUUUGGCAGCACGUGGACGAUGGCUGCCUCUCUCUCCCAGAGCCUGGCACAGAAUCUGGGCAUCCAGUGGGACCCUGUUAUCAGGAGAAAGGAGUGCGGCUGCAUGGAUUCCUGGGUGGGAUGCAUAAUGGAAGAUACUGGAGUGCAGCAUCCUCGCAGGUUCUCCAAAUGCAGUAUCACAGACUUUAAGAACUUCCUGCUCAAGGGAGGAGCGUCCUGUCUUUUUAACAGACCAAACAAGCUCUUUGAGGCUACAGAAUGUGGCAAUGGGUAUGUAGAGGUGGGAGAGGAGUGUGACUGUGGAACCAGGAUGGAGUGCUAUAAGGACUGCUGUAAGAAGUGCUCUUUGUCUAAUGGUGCUCACUGCAGUGAUGGGCCGUGCUGCAACAGCACCUGCCUGUUCCUUCCCAGGGGCUAUGGCUGCCGCUACUCUGUGAAUGAUUGCGAUAUUUCAGAGUCUUGUUCAGGAGAUUCUGGACAGUGUCCUCCUAACCUACAUAAGCAGGACGGGUACCCCUGUCAGCUCAACCAGGGCCGCUGUUAUGGGGGUGAAUGCAAGACCAGAGACAGCCAGUGCAAGUACAUCUGGGGUACAAAGGCAGGAGGUUCAGAGAAGCACUGCUACGAAAAGCUGAACACUGAGGGGACGGAGAAGGGAAAUUGCGGGAAAGACGGAGAGAAGUGGAUCCCCUGCAGUAAACAUGACGUGUUCUGCGGGUACCUGCUGUGCACCAACAUCAGUAGAACCCCUAGGAUCGGGACACUGAAAGGCGACAUCACCCCCACCACUUUCAACCAUCAGGGACGUCUGGUAGACUGCAGUGGCGGCCGUGUACUCUUGGAUGAUGAAACCGAUCUGGGUUACGUGGAGGAUGGGACACCAUGUGGCCCGUCCAUGAUGUGCCUUGAGCGGAAAUGUGUGCCUAUCUCCUCCCUCAAUCUUACAGCCUGUCCUUCCGGACCCAACGGACGCGUGUGCUCUUCACAUGGAGUGUGCAAUAACGAAGCCACAUGCACCUGUGACUCCACCUGGGCUGGGACAGACUGCAGCAUGCACGACCCGCCGAAAGAACCACCUGCCGUUGAAGACGAGGGUCCCAAGGGUCCUAGUGCCACCAACCUUAUCAUAGGCUCCAUCGCGGGGGCCAUCCUGAUGGCAGCCAUAGUGCUGGGGGGGACGGGAUGGGGAUUUAAGGUGAAAGUAUGAGCGAAGAGGGGUGGAGGUUGUGUCGUAGGCAGCCUUUGUACCAUGGCUGGCUGCUACGCCUCUCUCUAACCUCGUGGAAGGCCCUGGCCCCCCCUCGAAAACCUAGAACAGAGCAAGACCCCUCACGCCCCUACCCGGACCCGCCCGACACUGCUGCCUUUACUGCCUGCUUCACUGAGACCUGGUACAGAUACGCGCUGCACCGCACCUGCAUGCUUCCCCCGAACCUCCUCCUCUGUCCCCCCACACUCAGCGAUAGUGGCGUCUCCCGCCUAACCUCUAUGUGGACAGGUGCAUGUUAAACUGCUGGGAUGCCCCACAUCACGCCAUGCUAUAGGGAGAUUGUGUCAAACCUCCCUCUGUCGUUGUGACUCUUGUUGCCUUUCUUGUUGUCGCUGGUGGUAUUGUUCGUCGUCGUUCAUGUUGUGGGUGUGAACAUCCUGUUCUGACCCUGAGUGUUGUAGACUGUUUAGUCCCUUUUUUGUGUGUGUCACUGUUCUCUCCCAGGAGGUAAUGUUGUUUUUCCAUAUCCUUCUUUGUCUUUCUAAUGCACACUCACACUCACUAGGAGGGACACUUCUACGUCCACUCCAACUGCACAGGAGGGCCUCUGUUACCCCAUGCAACCCAACAAUGUCAAACAGUGUCGCACUUCACAGGAAUAACGUUCUGGAAUAAUUGAGACAGCAGUGUGUUAAUUCUUAAAAAGUCAAGGUCAAGGCAUGCAACAUUAUUUAUCAAGUUCAGUUCAAGGACUCGCUCACAUGGAUUUGCUUUUACAUGGCGAUUGCUGGGUUGCUCGGGUACAGUGGUUAAGUUCAGUGUUCAGAAAGAGCUGUUGUGGUGUAAAUUUGAUAUUUCUGGCAUUGCCUGCACUAACUCCUGUACCUUCUGUUCCCUCUGCGUUUGGCCAUGCCACCAAGAAACGUCAAAAAAAGACGAUACGACCCCAACGCCAGUGCUAUCUAAAGGACCGGAGACUUCAGCCUUGCCUGGUUUCCCUUGGGAUUCUGAAAGUGAGCUACCUGCUGGACUGUACCCUCUCCUGCUGCUAACAGCCAGUUAGCUUUACUUGAACACAAGAGAAAAAAAAAAAAAAGAAGAAAGACAAAGAUGAGUAGAAUAUUUUUCACCCAAAGUCUGGUACCCAAAGCCUGUCCCAGUCCCCUCUACUCUUCCAUGACCUUUGAACCAUUACCCAGUUUUGCAUGGGAGUGUGUUCUUGUUCCUGACUUCCUGGCUUGAUUUUGGCAUGACCAUCCAUGGCUGUGGCAAUUGCAUGGCAGUGGAGGGUCACUAACUCAAAACAAAAAGGGAAAAAAACUGGAGAGCAAAUAUUCCUAAAGAAGAGCAAUCUAGAGCUGAGUCUACACUGACCAUACUGCCAGGUGAGACUCUCCUGUAGUGGUCUUAAGGUCUGAAAAGGCCUAGGUCAUCUGACCACGCUUCAACAUUGGGGGGGGGGACGACUCAUUCCAUUUUGAGACAAACAUGAGAUUUUGGUCUCGUGAUCUCAACGUUGUUUUACAUGGACAUGGAUUUCAACUGCUUUUUCUUUCAAGUUUCAGCAUGUUGUAUUGCAGGCAUUUUAUGCCACAUUAACAGAAAAAAAAAAACGAAAAAAAAACUCACGAAGAAAGAGCAUCCAACAAUUUGGCCAGCAACUUCUUUUUCUGCUUAAUGAGUUCACCUUAAAUCACCCCACACAUGCACAAUGAAUUAUAUAUGCCUGGUAAUGUCAAUAACUGCUCCCCUUACUACUUAUUAUACUGAACUACCAUGUGUGGUCUGUCCUAUCGGUUAAUCAGAGAGCUGCAUGAAAAAACUGCACAGGGUGCAGAGCCAUGUGAAGCCUGCCACGCUUCUUAAGGUAACUGCAUGUCAAAGGAAAAACAGAUAACUUUUACUUACUAUGCAAAAAGGAAAUGUCGCACAAACCCUAUGGAUCAGUACCAUAGAGAAAUGAUACUAACAAUGAAAUUGCUAUCAUUAGGCAGUCUUUUAUAUGCUUGGACAUGUUGGUCUUUUAAAUUAAUUACUUCUAUUUAAAAUGAAUGUGUUUUUUUUGUUUUGUUUUGUUUUGUUUUUUUUUUAAAAGAAGAACCUUCUAAAAAUUUGUUACCAUAGUCAAACUUGACAGACAGAUGAACAGAAAAACUUGUAAGUAAUCAGCACCGGGCUAUUGUUUGGAUCGGGAGGGUUUCGUUUUGGGUUUUCAAGGGUUUUUUCUCCACUGACUUAUGGCACCUGAUGUCAAUUCUCAUCUCCUUAAUACUUAAAAUUCAUCUCAUUUUUCCCAUGGAAACACUGACAGAAGAAUAAAGUUAAUCAAAUUUAACAACAA